GAAAAGGUAGGUCCAGUUUUUCGGAUUUCGCACCCCCCCAAGAAAACUCCUGGGUACGGGCCUGAAUGAUGUAUUAAAUCAAAAGAAUCAAAUCAAGCUUGGCUUCCCUGCCAACUGUAGAUAUUUUAUUUCAGAGAUUCAAGCAAUAGUUGGCCAAAAAUUACUAAAAAUGUUGCCACCUAUAGCGUUUUCGUUGGUAUGAUUUCGAAAGAUCCUUUAAAUAAAAUAAGAAUUGCGUGCCCGCUAAAAUAUAUAUAUCUGAAGACCCGUUAAAAUUUAAAUUUAAAAAAAAUUAAGUCACAGAGAUGCUCAUAGAAUUGUCCUUGUAAAGAAUUCUAAGGCCAAUCGCAAUGUAAAACUUUUUUUUCUCGGGUUUCAUUCAAAAUUGUUACAUAAGCAGUACACCGACAGCUUGUUCCUUGUAUUCAAACAUUUUACACCAAAACUAAAUGAAAAGGUUUCUCACUUUUAGUAACAAUAUUUUUUUACCGCCACCCACUUAAAUUGCACGAAGUUUUAAAAAGAAUAUUAAUUAUUUAAAAUGUUUUUAAAGUGAAAAAUAGCGACAACAAACGAAAUUAUGCGAUUAUAAGAUAUGUUUGCUAUUCAUUGCAGAGAAUGUUUAACCCCAUCAUCCUUUUCGGUCCCCUUAACAACUGUAAACGGGUUCCUUAAAAAAGGCUCUUUAUUUAUGUUAGUAAAAGAAAUGACCUCCAUGCACAAUAACUGACCAACGUAACGUUUUAUUUAUUAAUAGUCUUAAAUUGACUUUAUGACCAUCUGCCUUCUCUAAAGUCGCCACUAGCAUUCAUAGUAGUAUGGUUGCAUCGUGGACGCCGAUACAACUCAUGGCUACUGGGGAGAAGAGAGUCGUGUUUCUUCUCAGCCUCGUGGCAUUGUAUUUUGGGCUUGGGAUUUCUACAAAACAUCCGCACUGUCCCACAGAAUGCUCUGAGUCAUUACUGACUGGAGAUGGUCGAGUUCCGGACUCGGCAAUCACAGCAAGACGUGUUUUCAGCUCCCAGUAUGGGACGGCUAAAGCACGUCUGAACGUUGGUGGCUUGCAUAGUAGUUGGUGUUCGUUACGCCCGUAUGAAAACGAAUGGCUGCAAAUCGAUCUUGGUACCUUAAAAACCGUGAAUAAAGUAGCCACACAAGGGAUAAUACAUCACUAUCAUGCAUAUGUCACGCGCUUCACGCUUGGCUACAGCCGAAAUGGGGCCUAUUGGAUGGAUUACCAUCAAAACAACACGACAAAGACAUUCGACGGUAACGUUAAUGGUAAAGACGUCAAAGAACACCUUCUUGUCCCUACACUCGCCGCCCGCCUCGUUAGAUUUAACCUCUUGAAAUAUGUGGGCCAUCUGUGUAUGAGGGUAGACCUCUAUGGCUGUGAAUGUGCUCUCGACUGUCCCUAUGCCCUUGGGUUGGAGGACGGUCGUGUGCCAGAUAGCGCACUAAGUGCAUCAAGCUUCAUCGCUCCUUAUGAUGCCACCAGGGCGCGUCUGAACGGAGCUUCAAGCUGGACAGCACUUGAUAACGACAAGAACCAAUGGCUGCAAGUCGACUGGAGUGAUGUUGCUACGGUAACGGGCCUAGCAACCCAAGGUGGCAGUAAUGGCGCUCAGUGGGUGUUGAAGUACCAACUGAGUUACAGCGACCGCGGGGAGGGCUGGGUCGAGUAUCGGGAUGCUGGCUUCAUAACGCCGAAGAUUUUUAUCGGAAACAACGACACAAACACCAUCAAGAAGUAUGGCCUCAGUCCUACUAUCGAGGCUCAGUACAUACGCAUUUACGCGAUAACUUGGCAUGGUGGAAUCAGCAUGAGAGUGGAGCUAUACGGCUACAUGUGCGAUUGCAAUAGAACAAGCGUCAAUGCUGACUGGCUGUUUUUGAAAUCACUGCCCAAUGCUCAUGCGUCAGUCCUUAUUCCCAAUCAAGCAUUAAACCAUAUGUCCAUGUGUCUUUGGUUCAAUGCAUCGAGAGACAAUUCGCUACAUACACUCGUAUCAAUCGCUGAAACUAGCGACUAUAACGCGCUGAUUGUCAUGACAGUGGACAGCGGUCGUGUUAUUAAGAUACACAAGCACAAUAAGGAAGUGCGAAUCACAACACCAUACAAUCUCCAUUCCAUGGAUUGGUAUCACAUAUGUGUCACGGUGAACGGUGUCAAUGGAACCAUAGAGUUGUUUUUGAACGGGGAGAGUAUCUUGGCUGCCAAUAAUUCAGAGUGGAUGCGCCCGUUCACAGGGCAACUUUCAGCAGUUUUUGGACAAGAGCAGGAGAGCUAUGGAGCUGGCUUUCAAGCUAAUCAACGAUUUUCAGGACGAAUGAGUCGACUAAAUAUCUGGAGCUAUAUUGUGUCUCGAAGGACUAUCAGAGAAUUGUCGACAAAAUGUGCUACAUGUCUGGGAGGGAACUUGCUUGCCUGGAGAAAUGUUAUAAGUGAUAUACACGCAGGCGCCUCACUCGUCAGGAGCUCAUGUCCUUUGGGAAAAGGCUCCGACUGCCUGGGAGUACUCAAGAGAGGCUACAAGUCCAAUGGUUACUACAUGCUCACUCCUCAACGUGACCAAUACUUUACGGGGUUUUGCGACCAACAGACAAAUGGUGGUGGGUGGCUUGUCGUGCAUAACAGGUUUGACGGCUCCGUGAAUUUUAGCCGUGGAAUGGAUUCUUACCGUCUCGGCUUCGGAGUUGCGUAUGGAGAGUUUUGGCUCGGCCUCAAUAAAGCUUGGACAACGUAUCGAUCCCAAACAGCCCUGAUAGAAAUCAGAAGACGGGAUCACGAGGGGCCAACAUACUCGGCCUUCGAUGCAUUUCUUGUGAAUCACGAGUCGCAACAUAUAAUUGAAGGUGUAGGAACGUACAGUGGUAUGGCCGGCGACUUUAUGACUGGUCUUAUUAACCAUCGCUUUCGAACAAAAGACAAGGAUGGCUUGAAUGAUUGUGUCAAAACAUACAAGACACCAGGAUGGAACGACGGCAUUUGCCGUGAAAGCUCCUCAAGUCUCAAUGGGGAAUACUCAGAUAUAUCGGCAACAGGCAAUAAUAGAGGCAUAUUUUUUGAUACACUUAACUCUCAAUAUUCGCAAAAAGAAGCAUCGAUGAAAAUCAGAGAAAGAACGGAGAUUGAAAAGAAGUACGCCCUUUCGUUCCCUGGCACAAGUCCAGAGGACUAUAUUUUGUACACAAAGGUGAAAGGUUUCAAAACGUUUUACGUCUGCACCUUCAUCAAGUCGGCCAUAAGCCAGAGACGUCAAGGAUUAUUUGGCUUUUACAGCGUGUCAAGUAUUCUCACCUUAUCGAUUUCAGAUGGUUCUGCAUUUUACUUGGAUUUUAGUGAUGAGACAAUAACCAUCAAUUUGGCGACGCCCAUGGUGAACGACUCUCGAUGGUCACACGUCUGCUUUACAUGGAAUAGUGCUGAUGGUAAAUGGAAAUUCAUGUUCGACGGGGAAACUAUCAUGGAAGGAACCGGACUGAAGUCAGAUUUUAUUGUUACCGAUGGGUCAUUAAUGAUUGGACAGCUUCCAAAUAGAAAUGGUGUUCCAAAGCCAGACUAUGCCUUCUCCGGACAGAUAACAUUAUUUGACUUCAAGGCAACCAGUCUGACUUCCAGCUGGAGCAAAGCAGGUGGCUGUGAGCUCAUCCGGGACUCGUACAUCCCCUGGAACCUAGCAAGGCAUUGGACGCACGGCAAUGUCGACACCUUACCAGUUUUUAUGUGUAAUUUGUUUAAGGUUAAACACAAGUGGAGACUGGCGAAGGAUGGCAGUGGAAAUAUCGAAGAUGCCUCAUCGACAGCUCCUCGCGCCGUCACCACCGACAGCAUAUCCACAGAGUUGAACUCUAUCGACACGGACAGUAAUGGUUGGGUAAACCUAGGGGACUACAGCCAGACAUGUAUAAAGUCGCCCGACAAGUGCUUAGGUGGUAUGACGGUGUCAUUUUGGAUGAAGUAUCCAGAGUUCAUCCACUCUCGCAUACUGGAUUACAAGAGGGAAGAGACACUGCACCUCCGGAAAAUGUUAGAGCCUCUAAUGGAUGAGGUUUCGGGGUUUGAGCUCUGCUAUCGUGCGUCAAAACACGGCUUUAAUCCUGCGGACUUCUACAAGACGUGUGAAUCCGAUGUUUCGAUUAGCGCUACUUUGGUAAUUGUCAAGGUCAAAGAGUUUGUCUUCGGUGGUUUGCUGGACGUACCAUGGAAAGCCAGCAAUCCUAAUGGUAUGAUAGACACCCCGACUUCAUUCUUGUUCAGCUUAAAAAGUCCUAUCGGUUGUGCUCCCUUCAAGAUCUAUCCCAAGUCGAGGGCCGAGGCCGCGCGGCACGUACCCGUGUCCGGCCCAGUUUUCGGACGGGAUGAUUUGCAUAUUGGCAGCGUGUCAUUAAGUGAUCUUGGUCAAGUAUAUAAUCUAUCCAAAGUGACAUGUCCAGGCCUCUCUUCUCCUAUGUCACGCGAAGAGGCUAGAAAACUUCUUGCAGGGACUUACUAUUUUCAGCCAGACGAGAUCGAGGUUUUCAAAUAUAAAGCCAAAGGUCUCGAUGUAUUACAAGUAUCCAAUGCAAGCUUUAUCGGCCCAGAUGCUGGCCCCAAGCUUUUUAUGGAUUCUUUCGUAGACGUUCUACAAAAGCUGGAAGUUUACUGCUGUAGCAGCGCCUGUAUCAAGACCUUCUAUAUUGAGUACAGCACAGAUAACGAGACCUGGGCCUCUUAUCCUUCGGACCAUCAACGAAUGAUAUUUCAUCAUAAGAGAUCGCCCGGGGACACUACAGGGGUUGUUUAUACCCUUCUUCCUCCCUUGUCCGGAGCUCGCUAUAUACGCGUAGUUGCGACCGAGUGCUCGCCUCCUGGGCAAUGCUGCGCUAGCUUGAAGUUCCAUAAGGCACUUGAAGAACCUCAAUGGGAAAUAUUAGCAUCUGCUCAGCAAUCAUCGGAGGGACUUCUUUUCCAAUUCAAGAAGAAGAGAAGAGAACAGGGGGAAUACAAAUUUGCAAUUACAGCAUCAAAUUACAUAUACACCUCAUAUGCCAAGGCGACAGAUAACCCGUAUGAAUGGACUCACGUGGUACUGUACUUUGACGAUGCGCAGCUUUACUUCUAUCUGGACGGGAAGCGAAGUGAAGCUUUCACCGGCAAUAAGAUAACCACCAACUUAAAUCGUCCAAAGUUCUUUUUGGGAAAGUAUGGAAGUUUUGAUCAGGGAAUUACUCCAAAUCUCAGAAUCCGUGAUCUACGAGUCUGGGAUAGCCCGUUGACGUUGCAAGAGCUACUAAAUGUGUUACAACAAGAUGUAUUUAGACCAGCAGAAACAUCGGAUCUAGCAUAUAACCGUCCGACACGUUAUAGCGAACACGGAACCACUCCUUGGGAUAUCCCGGUCAACGGUGAUAGAAACCUUGACUGCCCAAAUAGAUAUUUCUCGUGGUGGAGGGUUACCCUACAAGAAACCUUCUACGUCACGGACGUGUUUAUCGUUCACAAACCCACUUCCACCAAAUUCCGCGUCCAGGUCUCUGAGACUGAACAGGAUGCAAAUCCACCGCAGUGUGGAGAAGUCAGUCCAAUCAUAUCUCCAUCCAUGCGGAUCUAUUGCAAACCUGCUUUAAAGGGACGCUAUGUAACCCUCAAGUAUGAUAAUGUUGAGAGCUUUGGACUAUGCGCGGUUGAAGUCAAAGGUCUUCGCCUGCCCGGCUUCAUGUACGUAAACAGUACAUAUCCCGCGAACGGUACGUCUAGGUACCACACGCCAUACCAAUUUCCCAACAACAACUGUCUCAACUUCCACUACCGCAUGAAUGGCUCGUUCCCAGGCCGUCUAAACGUGUAUUCUAGUGGUUACCAAGGGAAGGAGACGUUGCUAUGGAGACUGGCUGGUAACCAUGGUGACGAAUGGCGACAUGGCCGUGUGGCUGUCCAGGAGGAUAUCAUUUUCAAGGUUGUGUUUGAAGCCAUAAAUGGUAAGAGGUACGAUGGCGAGAUAGCUGUUGAUAAUAUCAGCUUGGUUAACAGUAGUGAUUGCAUGACAAAGCCAGAUACAGCAAGGCUUAGGAUGGCAGGAAUCCAGUCAAGCAUCGUCAACCACUUGCCAGAGUCACGUGACCGCUUGGAGCAAAUGCUUUCUCAGGCAGGGUUCGGUCGUCGCUACUGGCGGACAUGUUACCGGUCAUUAGAACAUGGAUGGAACGGCACAACGUUCCAUCGACGGUGCGACGGAAAAGGGCCCCUGCUUUCCAUCAUCAGAAACGGUGCGAACAUCGUUGGGGCGUUCUUUGAUCGUAGUUUGGAAAAAAAGAUACCCUCAGACUAUGAUUGGGCGCUUGGACGUGAGGCCACACAGUCUUCUGAUUUCAAUCCAUCUUAUGUUGCCAGCUUAGCUGUUGAUGGUAACCUAGCCACCUUCACCCAUACAGCAUAUGUUGAUAACGCCCCGUGGCUCAAGGUCGAUCUUACCUUUGAGAUCCUGGUGUUUAGAGUACGGAUAUUUAACAGGGAAAAUUGCUGCUUAUAUAGACUCCGUGACUUCGAGAUCCGUGUGGGCAGUGACUCUGACCAUAAUAGGAACCCGUCCUGUGGUGGUCUGCAUAACAUGACAACUGAGCUUGAUUCAUCUUUUGACUGUCCUUCUCCUAUGAGUGGACGAUAUGUCAGCCUCAGCAAAAACACGGAAUAUCUGCAUAUCAGAGAGAUCAACAUUUUCGGUUACCCCUCCAUAUUAUCGGAAAGAUCUUUUAUUUUCUCCCUAAAAGAAUCCGGCACUGAUAUCAAGGAAUCCCUGAAACCGAGCAAGACGCAUUUGGCAGCAUAUUAUAACGGUGAAGGACUGAGGUUUGGUCUUGGGGACUUAACUGUGAAUCUGGAUUUGCAAAAUGUUGAGAACUCUCUUGGCAAUUCGUACCGUCAGCCAUCGAGUGGCCGCUCCCUGACGGGCCAAGAAUCAUUCAACGCGCAUGACGUAGAGGUCAUGUAUAUUGGAGACACUCUAUGCGAUCCUCCGUGCAUCACUGGGGAAUUUUGUGACGAAAUCCUUGGUAUUUGUAUAUGUGACGAAAGCAAGAGAGAUGUUGAGUUGUGCUAUAGGCGAAGAGAGCUUCAAAACAAGCGAGAUAACUACUGCGCCUUGGAUAGUAGCAUUUACGUGAAAACUUUCGCCCGUUAUGAUCUGAAGCAUACCCUUACUGAGAAAGAAUGGAGAUGCUACAGUGAAACCGCGCUCACGGACGAUCGGCGGCGAUAUAAUAAAACUCGUUUAAGUAGUUUAUUAUUUUCAAGACAUAGCGAGCUGUCGGAAAUAGGAAAUGAUUUCCCUGAGCUUGUACGAGAUAGAAUAGUCUUCGAAGACGCGGUUUUGUAUUUGCCAUUGGACGACCCUAAGGACGUGCGGGUACUCAAUGCGCAUACAAAUAACUGGGGAGGCAUCGCACAUGCUUCAGCUAUUCGUGGUAUUGUGGACCAAGCCUUGUCUUUUAGAAGCUCCAGUCCCGCGCUGAUCAUUUCAAGUCAGGAAAUAGUAUACCCUAACGCUCUUGGGUAUUCUAGAUUCUGUGACCCCCCCGGAUGUACAAUGGUAUUUUGGCUCCGCUUCACUUCAAAUCCUGGCCAAGUAUUUAUUUCUUACCAAACAAAUAGUAUCGAGCGUGGAUUCAGGGUUUCCCAAGCGCCCUUAUCAAAACCACAUGUAUCGUUCUCGGUGACUGUUGACUCAAUGAAAAGUGUGGUGGAAUUUGAGGCUCCAGAAGGCAUCUGGAACCACUAUGUGCUAAGCUAUAAAUCAGGAGAUUUGGCUGUUUUUCUGAAUGGGAAGCAAGUUGAGUACUUGAACAGGCAAGAUGAGGCAGGUUUUAACGAUACGACUCCGUCACGGUUAACGAUUGGCGCGGAAGGAUCUAGUGCACCUGAUGCUGACUUGGACGAGCUAAUGUUCAUUAAUAGUGUUUUGAGUAGCACUGACGUAUCCAACAUGUACAAGUAUUACAAAGGACUCCCAAAUCUCUAUAUAAAUUCUUCAAUUAUUUUCCUCGUAUUUGAUUGGGCUACUGACUAUCUUGACCUGACGAGCAAGCCCGCGAUGGAACGACAAGCCGGGCUUCAAGCUAUGCUAAGAAGUGUGUACGAUGACUUUUCUGUUGUCGCUAAAUAUGGCUGUAUUCACUUUUGGAAUGCUGAUGGCAAGGUCGGGAUGCAGUACCUUGUGAGGUACAACGUCUCAAGCUACUCUGUUCUUCAACCCUGGGUCACGUUCCUUGACUCAAAGACAUACCUCAAGACUUCCCAUGUCGUCAAUGACGUCUACAUCACGCCUUUACAAGUGUCAGCGUUCAACUUCACGUCGCCCAACGCCACCACCCUCACAGUCAAGUGGAACACAAAUCAGUCACGUGACCUUCCACAUGGCAUAUUCGCUGGCUAUAAGAUCGUGUAUGUGAACACAGCUGACCAGUCUGAUCGCGGUAAUGUCACGGUGGAAAGAGACGUCAAGGAUGAGUCGAUAGAUUUUGAAUUGACUGAUCUAAGGCCGUACACCAUCUACCAGAUUACCGUGUCCCCUCAAACACUGGAAGGGGACGGAGCGCCUUCCACGCCAAUAUUUGUGCACACAGAUGAUGGAGCCCCGUUGCAGCCCCCAAUGAACUUCGCAGGUCACAACACCUCCUCAACAUCCAUCUUGCUCUUCUGGAGUGCAAUUCCUGAGGGCGCGUUAGUGGGUCCUUUACAUGAGUACCGAAUUGAGUGGCGAACGUCGAGUAACCCCGUGGCUAGCUCUAGAUCCAUAACGCCGGAGACUACAAGUGCAUCUAUGACGGGACUACAGAAAUUCACAAACUACAGCUUCCGAAUUUGUGGCGUCUCACCCCUUUAUAAACAUGGACCAAUCAGCGAAAUUUACGUCUACACGGACCAGGACGUACCUACAGGAUUCCCGUUGAAUGUCCAAGGAAGCCCCAUGAACUCCACAGCCUUGUUAGUAACCUGGCAAGAGCCACCACAGGAAGAUCAAAACGGGAUAAUCACAGGGUAUCAAGUCCAAUUCCACCCUCAAGGUGGAGGAAGCGCUGGUAUGAGUACCAUGCUCGUCCCUUCUUCGCCGGCGGAGCUCGUUCAUCUCCAGAAGUUUACUCUCUACGAUGUGAACGUUGCCGCAGUGAAUUCUAAGGGUGUUGGUCCACCAAGUCCUAUAGUCACAAUGCGUACAGGGGAGGAUGUACCGACAGCAGCUCCGAACAUCACAGAGGGCUUCAAUACUAGUUCCACAAGCAUCUUUUUGAGGUGGACAACCAUUCCUGCAAACCAGUUACCCGGAAUACUUCGUGGAUUUUUAAUACAGUACUCUGCCAAGUCUCUUGUAAAUGAGUCUGGCCAAGUUUAUCAAAUGUCCUAUUGCUUGCUUCAAUUCAAUAUCACGGGACUGGAGAAGCAGGAGGAGUACUUGUUUCGCGUUGCCGCCUUCACAGCCGCAGGAAAAGGGCCUUGGAGCGAGCCAAUGGCCGUGCUUACAGACGCUGACAAACCCGAGGGAACAAUCAGCAACGUCACGUUUUCCGAGCCUCCGGACUCCCGCAGUGUGCAGUUCUCUCUUCAGCCACUCUCACGACAAGAUGCAAACGGUAUGAUACUCGGAUACAGACUGUACUUCCUUGACAAGCUGAGGAACGAAACGUUUGUACAGACCAUAAAUGCCUCCCUUUCUCACACGCUAAGUGGUCUGCACCCCUACACUGAUUACGAGAUCCGAGUGGCUGCGUUCACUGUCAAAGGCGAGGGAAAUGCCAGCGAGCCCUUCGAGGUGAAGACGAUGGAAGACGCGCCAAGCAAGCCACCGCGGAACGUAUCCGGACAGAACGCUAGUUCAACCAGCGUCAUAAUUCAAUGGAGCACAGUAGACGAGUUUUACCUCAACGGCCAGUUGAGGGCAUACGUAGUAACAUACUGGGAGAUGGAAAAACCGGACACCAAGACCAACAUUACUGUACAAGUGUCUGUCUCGAGGCGAAGAAGGAGAGCUGUAACCUCCCCCUCCCUAGAGAUCACAGGGCUCAAGAAGUAUACGUCGUACAGCGUACAGGUGCUGGCGGUCACCAACAAGGAGGGCGUGCCGAGUCUGGCGUUCAAUAUAACCACCGCGCAAGAUGUGCCAGCCGCAUCACCUUCAAACAUCACUGCAAAUAACGUCAGUUCCACUGAACUUGAAGUCAUCUGGCGACCAGUACCACAGAAAUACCAGAAUGGGAUUGUGCUUGGUUACAAAGUUAUGUACAGACGUGCUGAUGGCGAAUAUCCAAUCCGAAACGUUACCAUCAACAAUGGUUCCCAGCUUAGUCACGUGCUGAAGGGCUUAAAGAAGUAUGGUCCCUAUGACAUACGACUGCUGGCUUUCACGGUGAAAGGUGAAGGGAAUGUUUCGGAGUCCGUGUUCUGCAGAACAGCUGAGGAUGUGCCAGCCGCCCCACCUUCAAACAUCACUGCAAAUAACGUCAGUUCCACUGAACUUGAAGUCAUCUGGCGACCAGUACCACAGAAAUACCAGAAUGGGAUUGUGCUUGGUUACAAAGUUAUGUACAGACGUGCUGAUGGCGAAUAUCCAAUCCGAAACGUUACCAUCAACAAUGGUUCCCAGCUUAGUCACGUGCUGAAGGGCUUAAAGAAGUAUGGUCCCUAUGACAUACGACUGCUGGCUUUCACGGUGAAAGGUGAAGGGAAUGUUUCGGAGUCCGUGUUCUGCAGAACAGCUGAGGAUGUGCCAGCCGCCCCACCUUCAAACAUCACUGCAAAUAACGUCAGUUCCACUGAACUUGAAGUCAUCUGGCGACCAGUUCCACAGGAAUACCAGAAUGGGAUUGUGCUUGGUUACAAAGUUAUGUACAGACGUGCUGAUGGCGAAUAUCCAAUCCGAAACGUUACCAUCAACAGUGGUUCCCAGCUUAGUCACGUGCUGACGGGCUUAAAGAAGUAUGGUCCCUAUGACAUUCGACUGCUGGCUUUGACGGUGAAAGGUGAAGGGAAUGUUUCGGAGUCCGUGUUCUGCAGGACAGCUGAGGAUGUGCCAGCCGCCCCACCUUCAAACAUCACUGCAAAUAACGUCAGUUCCACUGAACUUGAAGUCAUCUGGCGACCAGUACCACAGGAAUACCAGAAUGGAAUUGUGCUUGGUUACAAAGUUAUGUACAGACGUGCUGAUGGCGAAUAUCCAAUCCGAAACGUUACCAUCAACAAUGGUUCCCAGCUUAGUCACGUGCUGACGGGCUUAAAGAAGUAUGGUCCCUAUGACAUACGACUGCUGGCUUUGACGGUGAAAGGUGAAGGGAAUGUUUCGGAGUCCGUGUUCUGCAGGACAGCUGAGCAUGCUCCGGACGGCACACCAGGAAACGUCACCUUAGAAAGCUCAACAUUAACAGAGCUGACUCUACACUGGGGCCCUAUACUUCCAGAGCUCGAGAACGGGAUUAUCACUGGCUAUCACAUCAAUGUGUACGAGCUGAGUGGUAAUCUUAAGACGAACGCCACUGUGCCGGGAAGGGGGACUCUUAAGGGGGUUGUAGGAGGGCUGGAAGUCUGGACCAACUACACUGUGUCGGUCUGUGGGUUCACGAGUGUCGGUGAUGGACCAUGGAGCGUGAGACGGCUGGUGACAACAGAUGAACAAGCUCCGCAGGACUCCCCGGCCAACGUGACAGCGGUCGCAAACAGCUCGACGUCCAUCCGAGUGGACUGGGACGAGAUCGACCAGUCUAUGACCCGCGGGAUCGCGCGGGGGUACCGCAUAUACUACCGAGCCUCAGAUACCCCCUUCCCCACCCCUUUGCUCAACACUACCGUGGGAGUGGGGGAGAGGAGUGUGUUGCUGGUAGAUCUUUAUAAAUUUGUGAGGUAUACGAUAUACGUAGUGGCGACCACCAACAAAGACGGUCCUUCGAGCGACGUUAUCCAAGUCUUCACACUCGAGGAUAUUCCCGACCGACCACCAGUGAACCUGCAGUUUGCUCUCCCCUCCCCAACCUCCCUGGACGUGAUAUGGAGCCCAGUCCCUUUCGGCUAUCAGAAUGGCAUCAUACUGGGCUACAAGAUCACGUGCACUUCAGGGAGCACGAAAAUCUAUCAAGACUUGUACCACGGGAACUCCAUCACACGGAUAGAGGGGCUCGAGAGCUACACGCUUUACAAUGUUACCAUCAGAGCCUACACUAGCAAGGGUGAAGGGCCUAUGUACUCUCAGAUGGUCCUCACCGAUGAAAAUAAUCCUUGCCACACGCCACAAAAUCUCACAACCGACAACUUCACCUCCACUUCCUCGCUUCCUGUCAGCUGGGACCCAAUCCCUUCUCACUGUGUACCCGGUAUUCUUUUGGGUUACCGCGUGCGAUAUAAGCCGGUAUCUACUGGUGACGUCAUCAUCAAGUCCAAGGUACCCGUCAGUGAGGUGGAGGUUGGCCCUUCCACACAAAGCGUCACCUUAACAGGUUUAGAUAUAUAUACCCAAUAUCGUAUUGAGGUGGCCGGAUUCACUAUCAAGGGAGAUGGACCGUUUGCAACUACAUUUGGAGAUACGUGUCGCUGCAACCAUCGGCUCACUACGAGUUGGAUGGCCUUCAAGCCUUACGUGACUUUUAACGAGUCGAUCGGCGUCUCAGGUCUCAUUCCCUCAUUCCUGGAGGACAUGACUGCCACCUGCUGUCUCUACUGCAAGAUUCACGGCCACUCUUACGUAGACUUUUACCAGGAUGCGAAGAACCAAUCAUCUCAACAGAAAACUGGAGUCGCCCUCCGUGCAGCUAUUGACGGUACAACGGACCUGAUAUUUCCCAUUCCCGGGUACUUCAUGCAAGAGGAGUACAAGACGGUUCACUCGUACACGGGCAUUGUACAAACUUCUGGCUUGGUUUUUGUGCUUGCUCUGACAAAUGGCGAUAAAACGAGCAGUUCUGUGUUCUACGCUGUCGUGGAUAACUGGCCGCUUGUCCUAGUGUCUUUUUUGUCUGCUUACAUCAUGGGAAUACUGAUAUGGUUUUUGGAUGCCGGAAAUGAACACUUCCCACGAUCCUUCAUACGGGGAUCUAUGGAAGGCUUCUGGUGGUCCUACGUUUCUAUGACGACCGUCGGAUAUGGAGACCGCUGUCCCGUGUCAGUGCCGGCACGCAUCUUGUCUAUCGGUUGGACGCUAGCAGGAGUGGUCAUCAUUGGAAUACUUGUCGGGAGUAUCGCUACAUCACUCUCGUCCAUCACGAUCAAACAAGCGAGUAGCUUGUAUGGGCACAGGGUUGCCGCCAUAAAGAACUCGUACGAGUAUCGCUUCGGCUUACGAAUGCAGGCCAUCGUCGAUGUGGGGCGAGAUUACCAGACCUACGAUGAAAUCUACACCGACAUGGUCAGCGGUUUUGUAGAGGGGGCUCUACUGGACACGCUGGGGGUGGGUAGCAGGAAGGACCUGUUUGAAAAACCCUUUAUCAGGAUGCAUAAGUUCUACGACGCGUCAUUUGUGCGCGGGGUUGUCAUGUCCGGGAACUCGAGGAAGCUGAAGAAGUGUUUUCACCGUCACGUCCUCGCGAAAGCGCAGGAUAUAUCGGAUAUGGUCAAGUCAGCCGCAAACCCAUUAGAGGUGCCUUUGGAGCCUCUUUCCACGGAACUUUCCUCAUCUCUUUUCGACUAUAACAGUCAGAUCUUCAAGAAAACCCUUACAUUUAUCCUGGUUUUGCUUGGAGCGGCUUCACUUCUGGGUCUUUGCUGGGAACUAAUUAACAGGAAGAAAAAACGCAAGAUACUCGGCAAGCUGGAAUUACCAUUAGAAAAGUACCGAAAGUUUCUGAGAGAUGAAAUGCAGAGCGUGGUUAACGAUUUUCAUGAGGGAAUGAAGAUUAAGAUGGGGCACUUGAAGGACAAGCACAAACAAGAAAUAAAAUGCUUUUUAAAGAUUUUGAAAGAAAGACGGAUGCAUGCGAGAAACGAAGCCAAACGGCAAGCAAUAGAGAAGGAGAGAGAGACGAAAAUACACCGAAAGAUUGCCAUAAAGUAUCAUCUAGAACAUGCAUCAGAUGAACCGGAAGUCAACGAAAGUGGCGUAUAGCGGUGGGAUAUUGCCAUGGAAAUAUCAAAUAGGACAUGAAAUAAAUGAACCGGAAGCCAAAAAGAGUGGCGUUUAGCGGUGUGAUAUUGCCAUGAAAUAUUACUUUAAAAAAUCAAGAAAAAAAUCGAGCAGUCCAUCGCCUCGGGGACCCAUGGCGGCGCCAGACCGGAAAGGGAAGUACGCGCGAAGACGAAAGACAGAGGGGAAAAUACUUUUUUUCUUUUGUCUUCGCGCGUACUCCCGCUUCUGAUCUCCGCAUCGCCGCGUCGCCAAGGAUGCGGGCAACCCAACUGGCGCAAUAUGUGUCCCGGAACAACGGACUUCAAGGGCAAAUAAAAAAACUGGACUAAAAGGGUGCUGAUAUCAAAAUUGUGGCUUAUACUUAUGUCAUAAAGCAGGCACUUCUCGAUUGCGGCUUUUCAGUCAUGCUUUGACACAAUUAAGCAAACAAGUGCGUAUUCGAAUUUAAGUUUAUUUAUCGAUAGAAAAUCAAAUAUUCACAGUUGUUAUGAUAUGGCUAUAUUAAUAAAAACAAUAUCCUUGUUCCCCGCGAAGAAGCUCUUAGGCCUUAGGGACUGACCAGUUUGGGUUGUGGUCGAAAACCGUAAUUGGCCUAGCUGUGGCGGAUACCCUGCCCUUUCGUUAUUGUAUGUAUUUAUGUUCUGUUUCUCAUGUAUAACGUAUUAUGUAUGUGUAUUUUUUUUUUCUCCGUGGGCAAAGUCAAUAAAUAAAUAAAAUAAAAAAAAAAAAAUUCGGGCAAAGAAAAUAUAGAAAACAAUUCUUGCUAGUCGAACUUACCCCCACAAAGAUUGUACAGCAAGAGAAAUAAAUACGAGCAGUUGAGUUUUUUUCGUCUCAAAUAGAAAAUAA